GAUUGUAAUACCUCUCCAUAGACAUGCAUACACACAUCAUUUACACAUUUAGGAAUACAACACUCCUGCAUAGGACCCUGGAGAUGUACCAGCUAUCUGUGGAGACCUCAAGCCUUUUCAUUCAUGCAAAGGGGUGAGAGGAAGAAAACCCAUCAAGCAAUUUAUUCAAUCAUCCACCUCCCUUUGGCCUUGAGUGCCAGGCUUUGAGGCAAAGCCCUAAUAUGGCGUAGAGAGUGUACAGUACCAGUUUACUCUACCUGCUUUGGGACUAUUUCUCUCUUCCAUAGGCCAUGUUUAAAAAUGUAUGCUCUAUCCACUAUCUCUCUACCAAGAGACAAAUGACAUGCUUCACCAUUAGUAUUCUGCAGUACAACUCCCACUUUACAGAGAGAAGAAAUGACCCAGAGCCAAGAAAAGACCCAAAGAUCAAAAUUCAAGGGAAAAGUGAGAGGACUAUGCAGGCCGGAGUAAAGACCGAAGCCAUCGGAAUCCCCUUGGAUGUCACCAUCUCUGCUGGUGGCUCCCAUGACAACUGCCUGGAGGUUCAGAAACUCAGCAUCAAGGAUAAGCUAGAGUCCUUAAAGAAGCGGGAACUGAAGGGGCAAGAGCCAAACUUUCUGAAGAAGCUUCGGAAACGUGGAGAAAAUCUGUAUAUGGUGACUGAGGCAAUGGAGACACUGACGGAGGCCAAGCUAAAGAAGAGUGGGAAGGGUGGUGCAAGCUUUUCCAUCCCUAUCCUUACUGCUUUGGGGUUCAAGGGUUCCUCAGAUACUACCAUUGAGAUCUCUCCUCGCUCCAUCCUGGCCUUCCGAAUAAAGCAACUUUUUAUUAAAGCCAAAUUCUGGGGGACCUUAGAUCUAGAUCUCGAGGAUGAAAACAUAAAGACCUUUGAAUCAGAUGAAGGAAUCAUACCAUUGCGGGGCUUUGCCGUCCCAUAUUCAAUAAUGUGGCAGCAGGAGCCUGAGACACCCUCCCAAAGCACCACCGGAUUCCAGGCACUUCAGGCAGAGGUGAAACCAGAGAUCCACAUCUUGGAGACCUUGACCCUAAAACACCGGCAAAGCCUGAUGGAGGCCCUCCUGGGGCUUCUGGGCCAGGCCAAAGACCUACAAGAGCUGGAGGACACGAUGAACCGAGCAUUGGACCUUGAGGAGCCAGUGACCCCAGGAUUCCUAGGGGGCCCUGGGGAUGCCAUCCUAGCCAAGCUGCAGGAUGCUUCAGGCAAACUCAACCCUUCCUGGGCAGGGAGCAUUCUCUACCUGUUGGGAGCACUCCAUGAGCUGAGCAAGGAGCAACAGCAUCUGCUGGCAAUGUCUGUGGAGAAGGAGAUUCUCUCCCAACAGCUGCAGCUGAUGAAGACCAUCCUGGAUGAGAAUUUCCUUCGAACUGAGGCAGGACCAUUUCCUCUCCAUUGUGAGCUCCUCCAGAGCCUUCAAGGAGAGGAGCUGAUUGUGACGCAGGCCCUGAUAGGUCUCUGUGGCCUUGACCUACAGGGUGAUGGUCCCCUCUUUGCCUGGGACCCUGAUGCCCUGCCUCCCCUCUGUGCCCUAUAUGCUGCCCUCUCUGUUUUUCAAGCACUAGCUAGAACCUCUUGAUUUAGCAGUCCCUUCACUAAAGUCCUUAACACCCUGAACUUCUCAAGGAGGGAAAAUAAAGUGGAAUUUAGGGGCUAACCUUGGUGGUGGGUAUAGAAAAGUUAAAUUGGGUCUUGGGGAACAACUGGGGAAAAGAGUGAACCUACCGUCCUUUUCUUUCCCCUUCUUUUCUCCUUUUUUCUUUGCUUCUUGUGAGAGGAAAUAACAACAUGAAAACAGAAAUUGUCAAAAACAGAAGGAAAGAAUGUACCCUUGUGUGGUUUUUGCAUCAGUGUCUUGCUAAUGCAAUUCUGAAACAGCAGAGUGGGAAAUGAUCACGAAAGAAUUCCCAGAUUUUCUUUUUUUUUCUACUACUUUUCCCAUCAUACUGAACCCCAAAGCCUUUUCCAAGGUUGGACACUCGCCAUUCAGUGCAAUGACUAAGUCCUGAACUGCCACCAGAAAGGGACAUGCAAAGGCCAAGCAUGGUUCCCAGGAGCCUGGGGCUGAGAAAAUGAACCAGUCCUUCCAGGAGCUUCCCAGCUGCCUCCCUACCUCUGAAGAGCACCAGUUCAAAGUGUCUCAAGCCCAUGGGUCUGAGACUUUCAGGGGCAAAAAGAUCCCUCUCACCCAGUCUCUGUAACUCAGUCCAUAUAACAAGCAGAAGCAUUUCCUGUGAACUCAAACCUUGAAUUCCAUUCUUGGAAAUGUACAAAGAGAAGAGAGAAGGGGUCCUCAGUGACAUCAUGUGAAUGAUCCCAAGUAGGGAGACUUGGGGGAGCAGCUAGAGGGUAGAGAAGGGAUGAGAGAUGGAAUGGGGAGAGAGGAUUGAAGGAUCCUGGGUUGAAGAGAGGGCUGGGAAUAGGGGACGUUACAUGGCUUGGGAAAGCCAGUGAGACAAAGGCAACAAUCCAGGGAAGAUCCUUUUCUAACUCAACAAAUGUUUGAUAAUGGUCCAUUAUGUUCAGGGCAGUAUUCCUUGUUCAUUUCCAAAGCAAGAAAUGAAUGAACCUCUACCCCAUGUCCAUGUGCCUUUCUAUCCAGUCUCAGUCCUCUGCCCACACCACAUUGGUCCCCUGUAUCCUCCACCUUGAUGCUAAGUGCUAUGGGUCAUUUGUGGGACUUACAUAAUGAAGGGGGAGGGAGAAAUGGCCUUGUAGAGGGACAGAGAGCAUGACAAUGGAGUAAGGAUGACAAGAAACACCUGUUCUCUGUGUCCAUGAAGAACUCACCAUUAAUGAGGAUCAGAGGUUGAGAGUGAAAAAGUUUUACACUAAUGUGGGCACAGAAGUCUGAAUAGUGAGGAGACAGACUGUGUUCCAAGGGCAAGGGAUAGAAGGUUCCUCUCUGAAGUCAGUUCAUUAGGAGAAAGGCAGGAUUUCUAGGGGGCAAAGGAUGCAUCUCAGUUUCAGGCUGGACUAAUUGGCCUCUUCUUUGAAAAUCUAAACAGGUAAUUGUAGGCA